AUGUCGAAGGUCAACGUCACCACUGACUUCGCUCUCUUCAAUGACGACAGCAACGAGGUUCCUGUCAACUUAAUGUCGAAGGCAAAGGAAUCUGGGGAAGAGGAAGAAAGGGUGCUAAAGGAGAUCUCGAGCGAGCGAAUAAAAACGUUUCUGGAGGCCCUCUACGAAUACCGCAACGGGCACAUGAUCGCCCCAGCUAGUUGGAGUCGAGUGAUCAGCGAGGAUGAGGGACUGUUACAGCACGUGUACGCGCUGCACUCUGCGGAGUACGAGCAGAAGAGUGCAGCGAUGCCAGAAAAUUUAAACGUGGAUGUACCAAUCUUCGGAGAAUAUAUAUCAAGUGCUAAAAAGCUGGUCGAAAACUCCAGAAUGACGGAGCUGUCGCGGACCCUAGCCGGUACGGAAACAGGACGUUUUAUCGAAGGCUUGAGGUCAAUUGGUUACUUCAGCGAAUUUAGUAUCGGCCGCGUGCGGGCGCUGACAAAGUUUCUCGAUGGAUUGAACGCGCAAACGGGUUCGGAGUACAACGUGUUCGAGAUACUUUCGCAAGGCGUUGGCGGCCUCGACAAAGUCGCAUUCUUUUUGUCGUCUUCGAAAUUGAGUCCUCUUACUAGUAAGGAUGCAACAGCGAUUCAAAAGGACUUGCUCAUGUGGUUGCGAGACGUUAAAGGAAAGUCCUUUGAUGAUGUUGCAGUCUUGCUGGGGUUCGCAACGCUGCCGGUGAAUAGCUUGACCUUCGAAAACAUGGAUACUUUGAUCGCAUACGUUGCACUGCGCGACAACCUGAAGUACGAUCGGGCCCGCUCGGUAGCGCUUUUUCAUCUAAGACAAAUGUUGGGCGAUUUCAUAGUCACUGAUUCAAUUUUGAACGGGAUGGAAGAGGUUCAGUCUGCCAAGUCGUUUCUAAGAGGAGUUCAUGACACAGGCGUUGCAUCGGCGGGCAAGGAGGACAACGCAUUCGCCAUAAAGCUUCAGCAUGAUUUGUGGACUCAAUGGUUCGAGCAUGGCCUCAUUUUGAAGGACCCGGACCAGGACCUUCGUUACGUACCACGUGAGCUCAAAGAGCGCGUUGUCACUGCAUUCAAUGCGUAUAUUCAAGCUGCAAACAAGGCGUACUGGAAGAAUCAUUUGACGUUGAGACCCCCGGGCACUUGA